AUGUUACGCUGCGGCUGGACCGUAGCCUCGAAGCUGAUGCCGCUGGCAUUCGGACCGUCAAUGAGAGUUGAUCGACGGCGAGACGCAGUUGUCCUCGGACGGAAGAUCUGCAAUUCACCGGACGCUUCCAAACAGGAUACCGGCGUUGAAAGAUUUGGAACUCCUGGGACAGGGGAACAUGGAAGACGUUGA